UACCUGGACACAGGUAAAUAUACGUGUUGACAUAUCAAAGUUACUGUGUCCUGACAGUCAAUUUUACUCUUACAUCCUUGGAUAACAGCUGGUAGUGCUUCACGAGUACAUCCCGUAACAAGGCUACACAGGGAUAGAACUUCACAGGGAUACAUCUAGUACAGCGACACAGCGCUCCUGAUACAGGAUUACACUCACGAUAUAAGGAUACGGCGAACUAUUACCAUGGCGCCAAAGAACAACUGUGUGGACAUGAUCCCUCGGUACCUGACGCUCUGUGUGGGAUGUCUGGGUAUGAUUACAGCCGGAUCCAUCUACGCGUUUGGAGCGUACAAUGUCUCCGUCAAAAAACAUUUCAAUUACACCCAGUCAGAAGUCGAAAUAAUAGCUUCAAUGAGUAACUUCGGAAUAUCCUUUGGUAUGCCCGCCGGGUUUAUGUGUGAGCGACUCGGACCCCGUUGGACGUCAUUCACAGCCCUGCUAUUAUCCUGUGUUGGUUUCUUGUUGCUAUGGAGCACAACAGAGAUGGAAGAUUACUACGCGCAUACCACACCUCUACAAUAUCUCUACUUCUUCCUGGCAGGUUUUGGAGCCAUUUUUAUGUACAUGGCAAGUAUGAUCACCAACAUAAACAACUUCCACCCGAAACACAGGGGAAAAGUGAUCGGCAUCUUGGAUGCAUCGUUUAGUGGAGGGCCAGCCCUGUUCGCAUUCCUGUACGGCGAAUGUUUCGCCAAAGGUCAUCUCAAAGACGAGCAGAAUCAGGACCUUAGGGGAUAUUAUUUGAUGAGUGCUAUAUGUUUUGGGGUCGUCGGUUUGUUGGGUAUUAUUAGCCUUAAAUCGUACGACACUGAUAUUAGCGAAUCGGAUCUGAACACGCUGGUAUCUAAUACCAGUGUUAGUACUGAACACCAAACCAAGGAUAUCACUAGCAUCGAAAUGAUAAAACGAACAGAUUUUCAAUUUCUUUUUUGGGGCUUUUUAUUCUGUGCGGGAUUACAGCUUAUGUUUCAGAAUAAUAUAGCCGUGUAUCUGAAGUCGUAUGAUUUGGAGUCCUAUACAACGCUUUUCACUACAAUUAAUCCUAUAGCAGGCGUGGUAUGUAAGUUUCUAGUAGGGUAUAUUUCUGACGUUGUAGUAGAAAAACUGCCUCGUGUUGGUCUUCUGCUCCUCUUCAACAUCCUGCAAACUAUUAUCCUGACUCUUUGUAUCUUCUUUUCCGAUAAACUUGCCAUAUUGGUUGUCGCGCUUAUUGGAAUCGGUUUCUCCAAUGGCGCCCUCUGGUGUUUAACACCUGCGAUGGUCAGUGAAUUUUUUGGGCUUAAGUAUUUUGGACGUAACUGGGGAAGCAUCAUAUUUGGAAAUGCGUUCGGUGGCCUUGGGAUACAGCAAAUGUUCGGUGCCUUAUACGACAACAGCAUUACUGUCAAAGGACAGUCGGAUUGUUUCGGUCUCCAUUGCUUCACGUGGAGUUUCACAGUCGUGGCAGUGCUGAGCCUGUGUUCGUGUAUAUUCAAUGUUGGACUGUUGCAAGGUGAAUAUGAAAAGCGAAAGCACUUGAAGGAAAUCUCUUCAAAGGAAAUGCGUUAUGUUGAUGCUAAAACCCAAGUUAUUUCCGAAUUCUAGUCAUCUAAUAUCAAAACCGGUAAAACACUUUUUUAGCAUGCAAAACACGAUCAAUUCCCAAUUUCACAUAAUCAUGGAGAUUUGAUUAUCAAUGUAUAUUAUGGUGAAUGCCGAUACAUUUUCUGUUUUUGU